CCGGAGUUUCAAUUUAGCCAAAUAUGAACAAGACGAUAGAUCAAAAAUUGUACUCGCUAGUCCAAAUUUCGCAGCAGAAGCUCUUGACCAUCCUGGAACGGAUCGUCGGCUUCAAGGAUUUGAUCAUAGAUGACUGCCUUAUGAAACCGCUGGAGAGGAUCGUCGGAGCUAGUAAACUGAGAUCUAAAGGAAUUGACAAGAUGUACAAACUUAACUCUGACAAUCUUCCUUUGACGAAUCCAGAGAGGGUAUUUCUCAUCAAUGCCAAUUUGAAAACAGUGAAGCAAGUAUGCGACAGGAUUAAUUCUGAACUUUCCAGUGAAAGUAAGCAUUCAUAUAAUUUGAUACUCGUAACCCGAAAGCUCUGUUCGAUAGACGCCUUAUUGGAAGAGGAAGGGCUGUACGAUUUGGUCAAAACUCAUGUUUUUCAGUGGGAGCUGAUACCGCUCGAUCGGAGGGUGCUCUCGCUGGAAUGCACCAGUUUGUAUAAAAGCUUGUACAUCGAAGGGGAUUAUUCACUGCUUCACACUGUAGCGAAAUCUAUAUGGACGUUGCAACUUUUGCUCGGAGAGCCGUACAUAACUCUUGUACAGGGCAAAUACUCAGAAAUGGUAUACGAUAUGGUACAGGUGUUUAACGAGAAGUUGGCAGCACCUGACACCUUAGAUAGGGAAGUUACACACUUCUUGAUUAUCGACCGAGAUGUCGAUUAUGCAAGUACAUUACUCACAGGAGCAACGUAUACCAGUCUCUUAGACGAAGAAUUCGGCAUCAACAGCGGCAUAGUCGAACUCAAAAGUUCUAAAGGGGAAAAAAGUAUCGGCCAGUUUUUAAGCAAUGCUGACAGUAUUUACGCCCAGAUCAAAAGCAGACAUUUCUCAGACGUAUUUCCUUUUUUAAGCAAAGUUUCAAAAGACCUUCAAGUUGUUCAGAACGAAAGUAAGACUUUGGAGUUAUCAGAGUUGAAACGGUUCAUCUCCGAGGAAAUGUCAACAAUAACCGCUGUCAAAAAAAGUCUCGCUUAUCAUAUAAGUGCUUGCGAAAUCAUAAUCGAACAAAUGGGCCAUCGGUUCGAAGGUUUAAAAACAACAGAGGCGAACUUAAUCAAUUCAACAGAAAGAAAAGAAAGUUUCAAGUAUAUUGAGGACUCCUUAAUCAUGAAUGUAUACAAUAGAUAUGCUAUUCUCAGGCUUAUAUGCUUAUUAUCAAUAACCCAAGAUGGCCUGACAGAAGAUGAGUAUAAAAGAUUCAAAACAAAUUAUCUACACGUUUACGGCUAUCAAUACUUGCCGGUUUUUUAUAAAUUGGAACAGGCCAAUCUCUGUGUGGAACAGUCGGGUAGCUAUUUGGCAAGCAGGGUCGCACAAGCCGUUGUCCUCCCUACGAGGAAGAGUGCUUUCAUGAGUUUCGCUCAGAAGCUAAAACUGAUACCACCUGUGUCAGACGAUUAUGAUUUUAAGCAGCCGAAAGAUGCAGGUUUUGUCUUCACUGGCAACUACAUCCCUGUGGCUUGUCAAAUCGUAAGCAUGCUGGCAAAGGGAGACUCGUCCGAAGAGGAUGUGGCCAAACUAUUGCCGAAUUGUACCAUCAAAGGGGAGAAGAAAAUCGGCAAAGGCAGUCGCACCUUUGUCGUCUAUUUUGUCGGAGGAGUCACGUAUGCAGAAAUUUCAGCAUUCCAAGUUUUGGAAAAGCUAACCGGGGCGAACAUCAUUGUCGCAGGAUCUUCAAUAAUAAACGGGAAUUCGAUCAUGAAGUCAUUUUUUUAAUUUUUCUUUUGAUAUUAAUCCGAUAAAAGACUUUUUUCUGCACACUUUACAGUGCUCACUAGUCAGGGAAAAUACAGAAGUGUAUAAAAUUCAGAAAAAUUAUUUGGUCUUAAAGUUAAACUUUGAGCAAAGUUGCUUGAAAGUAUAAAUCAAUCACAGUGCCUUAAGAUUUUUGAAAAACACAGCCUGAGGAAUAAAUUGUUUAUUACAAAUAAAAUUAUUUGAAUCAAUGUUCAA